CGUUAUGCAAAGGAAGCCAGCGAAGGAAUGAACGUGAAAUUCCAAACUCAAUGUUGCUGGUGAGAAAGCCCGCGAAUUUCAGAUGUCUCUCAUGCGUCACCGAAUUACCUGAGCUUCUUCUCAGUAACAAGACACCCUGGAAGAAGAACUAUGCCACAACAUCGUCUCAACCCUCACGAACGCCACUCCCAAAAUAUGACCAACCAAUUCAACUGGGUCUCUCUCUCGACUCAGUUACUUACACCAGAAUGGUCCAAUCCUCGUCUACUUCUGGGUCUUUGAUCCAUGGCAAGCUCGCACACGCUCACAUGAUCAAAACCGGUUUCAACCCAUGUCGGUUUCUGCAAAACCAUCUUAUAAAUAUGUACUGCAAAUGCGGUGAGUUGGAUACCGCACGCCACAUGUUCGAUAGAAUGCCUAAACGCAAUGCUGUUUCUUGGAACUCUUUAAUUUCCGGAUAUACCCAGAUGGGUCUUUAUGGUAAGGCCAUACACGUGUUUAAUGAAGCGAGAAUGGCAAACUUAAAACUUGAUAAAUUCACCUACGCGAUUAUGUUGAGCGUGUGUGCUCAAAGUGGGUAUUUAGAAUUGGGGAAGAGGAUUCAUGGGUUAUUUAUUGUUAAUGGACUUGGUGGACAAGUUUUCUUGGCCAAUUCCCUUAUUGGUUUCUAUUCAAAAUGUGGACGGCUUGACCAAGCAAGGGUUGCGUUUGAUAAUUCUGAUGAGUUGGACAAUGUUUCUUGGAAUUCCAUGAUUGCGGGUUAUGUUCAGAGUGGUUUGAGUGAAGAAAUGUUUCAACUUUUGGUGAGAAUGCAUCGAUGUGGAAUGGCUUUCCAAAGCUAUGUUCUGGGGAGUGUUCUAAAGGCGUGUUGCUCAAGUUUUGAUCAUUCUGUGGAAUGUGGAAGAAUGCUUCAUGGGUGUGCAGUCAAACUUGGGUGGGAUUUGGAUGUUGUUGUCGGGACUGCGUUACUUGACAUGUAUGCGAAAAUAGGGGAUCCGAAUGAUGCAACCCUGAUUUUCAAACUUAUGCCUGACAAGAAUGUUGUCAUGUAUAAUGCCAUGAUUGCUGGGCUUUUCCGGACAGAGAAUAUUAGUGAUGAAUUUGCAAGGGAAGCCUUAAAUCUUUUCUCCGAGAUGCAAAGUUGUGGAAUAAAGCCCUCAGAGUUUACAUUCUCAAGCAUAAUCAAAGCUUGUAAUACAACUGAAAAUUUUGGAUAUGGAAAGCAAAUCCAUGCACAUAUUUGUAAGUACAAUCUUCAGUCUGAUGAGUUCAUUGGCAGUUCACUUAUUGAGUUGUACUCAUUAAUGGGUUCAGCUGAUGACGGGGUCAAAUGUUUUAAUUCAACUACGAAGCUAAAUAUUGUCACAUGGACAUCUAUGAUUGUUGGUCAUGUUCAAAAUGGACAAUUUGAUAGUGCACUGGCUCUAUUUUGUGAAUUGAUGGCUUCUGGAAUAAAACCAGAUGAGUUUACAAUAUCAUCCAUGUUGAGUGUUUGUGCCAAUUUAGCUGCAGCAAGAUCCGGAGAGCAAAUGCAGGGGCAUGCAAUAAAAAUUGGAAUCAAUAACUUUACUAUUGUUCAAAAUUCACUGAUAUGGAUGUAUGCAAAGUCAGGAGACAUAGAUUCGGCUAAUUUGGCCUUUGAAGAGAUGGAUACCCCUGACACGGUGUCUUGGUCUGUGAUAAUCUUUAGCAGUGCACAAUAUGGAUGUGCAAGGGAAGCUCUGCGCCUCUUUGAGUUGAUGAAAGGUUGUGGGAUUGCACCAAACCAAAUCACGUUUCUUGGAGUUCUUACUGCCUGUAGUCAUGGGGGGCUUGUUGAAGAAGGUUUACGAUAUUUUGAAAGCAUGAAGAAAGAUCAUGGCAUUAUUCCAAAUGAAAAGCAUUUUACCUGCAUUGUCGACAUCUUGGGUCGUGCUGGAAGACUAGCUGAUGCUGAAAACUUCAUCAUAAACUCCUGCUUUGAUGAUGUUCCUGUAAUGUGGCGAGCGUUGUUGAGUGCUUGUAGGGUCCAUAAAGAUACUGUCACUGGAGAACGUGUUGCAGAGAGAGUGAUUGAGCUAGAGCCUCAAGUGGCUGCAUCUUAUGUGCUUCUUUAUAAUAUCUAUACUGAGGCUGAAUUGCAAAUGCCAGCGGCAAAGAUUAGAGACUUGAUGAAAGAACGGGGAGUUAAGAAGGAACCUGGUCUAAGUUGGAUUGAGCUAGGAAAUAAAGUUCAUUCUUUUUUGGUGGGUGAUAGAUCCCAUCCUCAGAGUCAAAUUAUAUAUGCACAGUUGGAAAAAAUGUUGGAGAAGAUUAAGAAAAUAGGUUAUAUUGAUGAAGGGCUUGUUCCUGAUGCAUCUGAACUGGACCAAACGAAUAGCUCACUGGUGAACCACCACAGCGAAAAGUUAGCUGUGACACUUGGAAUAAUUAGUUUGCCAAUGUCAGCUCCUGUCAGGGUGAUGAAGAAUUUAAGAGUCUGCCGAGAUUGCCAUACAAUAAUGAAGUUUUUCUCAAAAGUGGAAAAGCGAGAAAUAAUUCUGAGAGACUCUAUUCGUUUCCACCGUUUUAGAGAAGGUUCUUGUUCUUGUGGGGACUACUGGUAGUAAGAGUGAGAUUGUGUCCCCCCCUCCCUCCCUUUAUUGAACCAGGAAAGAGUUCAUUUUAUUUUGGUGCAUGAUAAAUCCAUUAUAAGAGUCAAAAAGAUUUAGUAACGUCCCCUUUCAUUGAAGCAGGGAAAGCGCUCUGUGCUACAGUUGGAAUCUGUUUACUUAUACUGAUUGACGUUGGAAGGCAGGCAUAUUUUGUUUAUCAAGCCAGAGAGGGAAAUAUUCCUUCAGGCUCACCUGGUUUUGAUCUCGCUUGCUUUUUUCCACUUUCCUUGCGUUAUGGUCUUGAUUCACUGAUAGGAUUUAUGGGUUUUAUCUCAACUCUACCAUCAUAUUAAUUCGAGAAAAUGUUGGAAAGUUGUAAAUAUAAAAGGUUAUAUUGAUGAUUGCAUCUUUCUGAUGCCUGUGAACUGUAGCAUAAGAGCAGCUAAUUGGUCAACUAAAUCAGAUAAAAGUUAGCAGAUGAUUUCUGGAUUAUCAGUUUGGCAACAUCAGCUGUUGUGAGAGUGAUGAGGAGAUUCUUUGGAUGAUCAGUUUGCCAACACAAGCGUCUAUGACAAUGACGAGGAACUUAAAUCUCCAGAUUUCUCAUACAACAAUGAAGUUUUUCUCCAUGGUAGAAAGCUAGAGAAAAUUCUUAAAGGCUAUUAGAUUCCAUUGUUUUCGAGAAGGUUCUUUUUUCUUGUGGGACUACUGGUAAUAGAAGUGAGUUGGGCACUGGGAUUAUUGCUCUUAGAAUGAUCAAACAAAAUUAUUUAUUUCCUACAAAAUGAGGUAGAAGAAAGAAUUAUCAAGCCAACAGAACACUGAGAUAAAUAUGGGAAGUCAGGUGAUUGGGUAAGGGAAUAACAACAGAAUAGGAAAUUUUAACAUGGGAGUUAGUUUGGAGACAAAUGAAAACUGGGAAGAAAUUGCCAAAAACAGUAACAAGUAUUGAAUGACUAAGUUCAUUUGAAGUUCUGGUAAUGUCAGGGCGAUAUCUACUUUUCUUGGUUUCAAAAACUCAUCGUCAUGUUUAAGGAAAUACUUUUGUUUGGAGAUGAAUGGAAGAUUUAAAUAUGGAAUAAUGAAUGGGAUGCAAAUGCUAAUGCUUUCGUGGAAUGGGAGCAAGAUGAAGAAAAGCAAUUCCCCUCUCUUUGUGUUAUCCUUGGCCAAGGAGACGGACAAGAAGAGACUCAUCAAUCCUUUGAUCCCAAGAAGUAAGAUGGUGACAGGAUUGCUUCAAGUGUAGGCAGUUCUACAAUGCAGAUCUAUACUUUAAAAUAUGGAUGUUUAAGAGCCAACAGGGGCAAGGAUGAAGAAAAAAAAAUUGCUUUUUUUUUCUCUCUCUCGGAUAUCCUUGGCCAAGGAGACCGGCAAGCAGGGACUCAUCAAUUUCAGAUUCAAUAGACCUCAAUCAGGGGCCUUUCCUCCCUUGGAGUAGGUUGGCAACAGGAUUGCUUGAUGUUGUGGUAGGGCAGUUCUCUAAUGCAGACUCUAUUUCAACCUUUGGAGGUUUUCUUAACAAGCUUAUUCUUUCCUCUAUGAGCCAACAAGUGCAAGGAACAAAUGUCUGUUUGGCGUUGGGGUAAAUUGUGUCGAAGAUGUGCUUCCAGAUAUUUAACAUUGAUGAUGAAAUUUGCAAUCCAACACGAUGAAGAAAAGCAAUUCCUCUCUGUCUCUGUUAUCCUUGGCCAAGGAGACAGGCAAGAAGAGACUCAUCAAUCCUUUGAUCCAAGGAAGUAAGAUGGUGACAGGAUUGCUUCAAGUGUAGGCAGUUCUACAAUGCAGAUCUAUAGUUUAAAAUAUGGAUGUUUAAGAGCCAACAGGGGCAAGGAUGAAGAAAAACAAUAUUUUUUUUUUCUCUCUUGGAUCCUCGGCCAAGGAGAACGGCAAGCAGGGACUCAUCAGUAUCAGAUUCGAUAGACCUCAAUCAGGGGCCUUUGAUCCCUUGGAGUAGGGUGGCCACAGGAUUGCUUCAUGUUGUGGUAGGGCAGUUCUCUGAUGCAGACUCUAUUUCAAUCUUUGGAGGUUUAAGAGCCAACAAGUGCAAGAAGAUUUUUUUAUCAGAGAGAUAUCCAGAAAGUUAGAAGAGUUUUAUGAAGUAAAGAAGGAGAAUCGCAAGCGCGAGAUGGCGCUACUUCUACAUGGAUACAUGGUCAAUGGAAAAUUUCCUGAAAUGCUUAGUCCAGAGGACCUGAAAGAUCUGACUAGCUUCAUAGAUGAAAAAAUUGAGGAAAUUCAGCACAAGAUUGAUAUCCUUAAGGGUUCUGGCUCUACGUCAGUCACUAAUGAGAGCGAGGUCAAGAAUGGAGCUACUCGUGGAACGGAGAAGGAAUCUCAUUGAAGUUGAUUGAUUAUCGAGCUUCUUCUGUGUUGUGUUUGUUGGUGAUGGAAGUGUUUGGUGUGUUGCUUUGCCUUUGAAUAAAUGUUUUGCAUGUUGGUGAUUGAAGUGUUUGGAUGUGUUGCUUUCCCUUGGAAUAAAUGUGUAGUGUUUGGUGUGUUGCUUUGCCUUUCGAUAAAUGUUUCAAAAUUUGUUACUCCAUUUUAAGUCUUGCAUUUUUGGUAAUGCCUUUAAUCAUUUGUGUUUUGUAACUUGUACAAAACACACGAUUUAAAUAUUAAUUAUUAAAGUUACAUCUA